GGAGGCUGAGGCUGGCCGGGCGCCCCCUCUCCGCCCCCCAGGUUGCUGGCCUGUCCAUCUGACUGGGGAGGCCCCUGGGCACGCUCGGGUCUGAGGCGGGCGAGCCCGGGGCUCCCCGGAACGCUCCCGCCAAGAGCUGGCAGUCGGAGCUAGCCGCUCGCCCCCGGCCUGAGGCAGGCUGCUCCUGGGGGCACAGGGAGGCGGGGUGCGCGGCGGGCGCCGCUGGAGGAGAUGUGGCUGGGGGCGGUGUCAGCCCCCAGCCCCCUGGAGCGGCAGCCAGUCCCUUCGCGCUGGCUGGCUCCGUGCUCCCUGUGCAGUACGGCGAGGCUACAGCCUGCAGAGCCAGGGGCUGUCAACGGAGGGGAGAGCCAGCGAGGGAGGGGGCCCGGGAGCCACAGGCACAGAGAUCGGGAUCAAUGCAAUAAAAUGCACCUCCUGCAAGUGCCCCUUGGGAGGAAGCAGCCGCAGGCGGCGGCGGCGGCGGCAGCCGGGAAGUGAAAGGUCCGGAGAGUUCAGCUUGCCAUGCCCUGCACGGGAGCAGCAGGAGCCCGGCGGGUCCCCGCGGGGAAGUGAAAUGUUCUCAGCGAGGCACGCGGCUCCCCGGGGGCUGGAGGAGCCAUCAGCUGUCCCACGAUGUCACUCCCCGGGGGAGACUCGGGGGCUGGAGCCUCCCUCCUGCCCUUAGCACGCCAGUGAGUGGCGAAUGAAUGACCUGCCGGGAAGGAUUUGCUCUGGAGACCCGUCUUCAUGUGCAGAAGAGAUUCCAGGCUCCUGGUCCUCCUCCUUGAUUCAUGCACUUUGACCAGGAGUUUGGCCAUGGAGAGCUGGGUCUGGCUCAUUGUACUUCUGGGCUGCUCUGCUGUAGCUGCAGGACUGAGCAGUGUUGUCGGAGUUGGGUCCCAUUGCGAAAAAACGUGCAACCCUCGAAUGGGAAACCUAGCCCAUGGACGAAGAUUGUGGACAGAUACCACAUGUGGGCGCAACUCCACUGAGUUUUACUGUUCAUACAGUGAGUAUGCAGACCUGACAUGCAAGCGGCCCAAGUGUGACAAAUGUAAUGCUGCUCACACCCAUCUGGCUCACCCACCCUCUGCAAUGGCCGACUCUUCCUUCCGUUUGCCUCGCACAUGGUGGCAGUCAGCUGAGGAUGUGCACAAGGAGAGGAUCCAGCUGGAUUUGGAAGCUGAGUUUUACUUUACUCACAUGAUCAUGGUGUUUAAGUCAGCAAGGCCAGCAGCCAUGGUUCUGGAGCGAUCCCAGGAUUUUGGGAAAACAUGGAAGCCUUACAAGUAUUUUGCCACUAACUGUUCAGCAACUUUUGGUCUAGAGGACGAUGUGACAAAAAAAGGAGCAAUUUGCACUUCAAGAUAUUCAAGCCCAUUUCCUUGCACUGGGGGAGAGGUUAUAUACCGAGCUCUGUCACCACCGUAUUCGGCUGAGGAUCCGUACAGCGCUGAAGCUCAGGCACAGUUGAAGAUCACCAAUCUUCGAGUGCAGCUGCUUAAGCGACAGGCCUGUCCCUGUCACGGCAAUGACCUGAAUGCAAAGCCUCAGCAGUUCAUACACUAUGCAAUCUACGAUUUUAUUGUAAAGGGAAGCUGCUUUUGUAAUGGCCACGCUGAUCACUGUGUACCUGUUGCUGGAUUUAUACCUGUCAAGGCGGCAGGAGUCUUCCAUGUGGUCCAUGGAAGGUGCAUGUGUAAGCACAAUACAGCAGGCCACCACUGUCAGCUCUGUGCUCCACUCUACAAUGACCAGCCCUGGCAGGCUGCAAAUGGCAAAACUGGAGCCCCAAAAGAAUGCCGAUCAUGUAAAUGUAAUGGGCAUGCUGACAUGUGUCAUUUUGACAUGGAUGCAUGGCUGGCCUCAGGGAAUCGCAGUGGUGGAAUCUGUGAUAAUUGUCAACACAACACUGAAGGGCAGCAUUGCCAACGUUGCAAGCCAGGCUUCUACCGAGAUCUCAGAAGGCCUUUCUCUGCCCCAGAUGCCUGCAAAUUGUGUUCCUGCCACCCAGUUGGAUCAGCCAUGCUUCCUUUCAGCACUAAUACCUUCUGUGACCCCAGCAACGGUGACUGCCCCUGCAAACCUGGAGUGGCAGGUCCUCAGUGUGACCGGUGUAUGGUGGGAUACUGGGGCUUUGGAGAGUAUGGCUGCAGACCGUGUGACUGUGCUGGAAGCUGUGACCCACUCACUGGUGACUGCAUCAGCAGUGCAGACAUAGUCUGGCAUCAUGAAAUUUCUGAUUUCCGCUCUGUGUUUAACGAGAGUGAGCCAGCUUGGGGAUGGGAGGACGAACAAGGAUUCUCUGCUCUCCGGCAUUCAGGUAAAUGUGAAUGCAAAGAACAAGUUUUAGGGAAUCCCAAGGUCUUCUGUGGAAUGAAAUACACAUAUGUGGUGAAAGCAAAGAUUUUAUCAGCCCACGACAAAGGCUCCCAUGCAGAAGUAAACGUGAAGAUCAAGAAAGUAUUGAAAUCAACAAAGUUUAAGAUUCUGCGAGGAAAGCGAACUCUCUAUCCGGAAUCCUGGACUAACAGAGGCUGCACCUGUCCAAUUCUUAAUCCUGGCUUGGAAUACCUUGUGGCAGGGCAUGAGGAAGUACGGACUGGGAGACUGAUAGUCAAUAUGAAAAGUUUUGUACACCAGUGGAAAUCAGCUCUUGGAAGAAAAGUCUUGGAGAUUUUAAAAAGAGACUGCAACUAGAAGUGCACAAACAGGUAGGGCAUUUCUUUAUGCACAAAAUGCAAACUUCACAGACAGAAGACCUCUGAAAUGAAAACUGGAAUGUAAGAAAAUAGUGCCCAAAUUUGUAGAGUGGUGUUCCGAUUCAUAGGCUCUGUCUCGUUUAAGCCUUCCAGGUCAGUGUUGGUGUACUCUCCUGGAACUGCUUUGGAAGGGUGCGCAUAUGAGCCAAUGUUACAUUCAAAAAAAUGUAGGGUCUGAUUCUCAUCUCACAUACCCUAGUGUAAUUGUGGAGUAACUCCACUGAAGUCAGUGAAGUUACACCACUAUAAAAUUGGCAUAAAUGAGAGGAAAAUCAUGCCCACAAACUAAAGAGGAUGGACAAAAAAUUGCUGCCAGUCACACCAGUGUAAAUCCUGACUAUCUUCAGUGAAGUUGAGGGCGUUCCCUGUAUUUACACUGCUAUACUAUGACUGAGUCUUGACUGCAGUCAUUGGGAGUUUCAGAGGAACAGCCGUGUUAGUCUGUAUUCGCAAAAAGAAAAGGAGUACUUGUGGCACCUUAGAGACUAACCAAUUUAUUUGAGCAUGAGCUUUCGUGAGCUACAGCUCACUUCAUCAGAUGUAUACCGUGGAAACUGCAGCAGACUUUAUAUACACACAGAGACCAUGAAACAAUACCUCCUCCCACCCCACUGUCCUGCUGGUAAUAGCUUAUCAUUGGGAGUGAUUGCCGCUCAGGCCAAAGUACACAGCUAGCUCUAAUCCCCACAGCUCGGAUCCUGGAGCAGUGAAGCUACAGCAGCUCAUGCUGCACAAACCUGUCUGCAACCCUGGAUUUGCAGGGCUAACGACACUGAAGCCUGCCCUGCCGUGGUGUCACUACUCCAGUACUUGAGCUAGCGAGAUUAAAGCUAGCUUGGGUACAUCAACUCAAGCUGUGGUCACAUCCCAUGAUUGCAGUAUAGCCAGACCCUAAGAUCAGACUUUGGCCCACUACUUAUAACAGCUUUCUAUAGAACUGGAAAUAUUGUUUGUAUCAGUGGGAGAGCUCUGUUGGCAACAUGUCAUUUGCAGUUACUCUGUAGUAGCACAAGGUCUGAUGAGGAUGUGCCAUCAUCAAAAACAGUUGUGCAUGCUUUUAAAGGAAUGUGUAGGAUUUAACUUAGGGCCAAAUUGUUUUUUCACUUACACCAGUGUGAACCUGUCGAAGUCAAUGGAAUGACUCUGUGUUUACACCAGAAUAACUAAGAGCCGAAUCCAGCCCUUUGUCAGCAAUGUUAUUUUACUAAAGAGGUGCAGCGUAUGUGAAGUUUUGUCCACAAAGUGUUAAAACUGAUCCUAUCCAAAUGUAAAUAUGUCAUUGUAUAAAGCACUUUACUACCUGCCGCUUCAUGGUGUGGCAAGUUUAAUGUUGUUGGAGAGAAAAAGGGGUGAAGGUGGCCUACAAACAACCUAUUGAAACAGAAGCACUCCAGAAGACCCCUAAAUGUGGACAAUGUUAAUGGUAUAAAGGGAAUAGUCCUCUUUGGUCUUGGCACUGACCGCUCAGAGAAUCCAAGGAUGCAAUCUGAAAGAUAAUGUACUUGCACUGAAGUCCCAAUUUCAGACCAGAGUUUGAACCCGAUGGGUAUAGACUAUAAUGAGACUUCACAAACAGCAUAGAGAACAAGAGACUAAGAAGCAAGAAUGCAAUUGCCAGAGGAUAAGAACUCUGCCUGCGGACAAAGAGAUGGACUUUUUAAGUGAAAAGAACUCUGUUUCACAUAUCACAGCCCCGUAAUUCAUGGCAGAUCUAGAGCUUAUUUUAUUGUCAAUGUUAGUAUUUAAAACUGAACAUUACAUUUGUUUUCCCCUGUGUUUUUAUUUACGGUAUAUAUGACCAUUUUCCAUUUUAACAGCAAUUUAUGGGACAUAUCACAGUUAUUGCCAUUUCCAACACUAGAUUAUACCUUUUCUGUAACCCAUCUUUAAACUUCAGUACAUAAAGUGUAUUCUGUUUAUGAGCAUGAGGGGAAAAAAGAGGAGGAACUGCAAUGCCAUAAAAAAAUUCAAGUCUGCCAAUCUGCUUCACAAAUGUAUUUCUCUUUCAGGGUCGUGUU